GUUUCAGAUUCAGUUAGUUGUCAGGAAGUUUUCGAGUUCAUGAAGUUCAUUUCGACUACUGCUGGCAGUGGCAAUAACAGUUGCUCAGACGUACCAAUUCCAGCUGGGGCGACUGAUAAAAGGGACAAAUUCACGCCCAUUUGUGCAAGGUGUUCACAUGACAUAACAGACGAAUCAUAUACGAAAACCCUCGAUAGAUGUUGGCACAACUCGUGCUUCGUCUGCUGCGCAUGCAACAACAAAUUGGGACCGAAGUGCUAUAGCCGAGACGGUUUCGUGUUUUGUCAGAUGGAUUUUCGAACGCAAGCGUGGACAUUAUGUAGUGGUUGUAAUAAAUCUAUUACACCAGACGAACUUGUCCAACGCAUUCACGAUUAUAUUUUCCACGUCUCAUGUCUAACGUGCUCAGAAUGCAAGGCUCACCUUCAAACAGGUGACAAGAUCUUCAUCGUUCAUGGCUACCCUUGCAAAGUAUAUUGUCACAAUGACUACAAACAACACGUUAUCGCACGUAAUCAAAACGAAAGUGCCAAAGUCAUGCCUGCUGGUGGUCAAUGGGUUAACACUGCCCAACAGCAGGCGUACAACCAGUCCUUUUCUCACAGACCACCAAAUCCAGAUUAUAUCUCCUCACCAUCCAACCAGGAAAGCAGAGGUGUUUUCCGACCAACCCCUCUACCUGCUACUUCCAAAUCUCAUCCCCAGAUGACUGUUGGUCCUCCAGCAUCGCAAGCUAUUCAACCCUCUAACUUAGCAGGGACCAUGCCUAGCAACAGUUACCCUUGUCAGCCUAUUGCACAGCAUCCUCCCAACUACAAACAGGAGGCGACUGCAAAACAACUUGCAUCGCAGCAGGAUCCGCAACAGUUCAAACAGAACGGGCAUGUACCAAACCCUAAUCAUAGGUUUAAAGACGAACAAAUGCAUAGUCCAUCAUCUCAAACCGCUAUACAAGCCAAUUUCGUGACUGGAUACACUGAUAACACAGCACCACCACAUCAGCAACCAAAUACUACUCAACAGCAGCUCCCAAUGCCUGUACAUGGUCAUAAUGGAGUAGGACACAAUACCACGUACUUUCAGGGGCAGAGCAUGCAGCAGAGUCCAGCACAAAGCUCAGAUAGCAACAGCAUUGACAUGAUGGACUAUCGCCAGUCGAAUCCUGCCAACCAGCCGCCCCCUCCCCCAAACCGAGGACCACCAGGGGUGCUCAACUCCAGCAGUGCAUUCAGCCCAUGUCCCCCAGCCUCAAUAGUUAUCCAGCGACAGGGAGGGGGUUUCGCACCCCCACAAACUCAACACUAUCCAAACGGACUAGCGGCUCACCCUAAAAUGGUGGCCCAUAUUGCAUUAGAUGACGAAAAGUCCAGUGACAAUGUAUCUGUAUCAAGCGAGAAUGACCUGCAAUGUUCGCCGAAAUCUGGUGCGUCUAUGGGGUCCAGUACCAGCGGAGGAACCAGCUCCAACCCAAACUCCGUCUCCUCGGCUGGAACCGCCAACACGCCUCCCGCGGCGGGAUCCUUCUCUGCCAGUGGCACUGGGACUCCGGUGUCCAACAAGAGGGGUCCAGGGAACCAUUUGAAAGGGCCACAGGCAGAUUACCUGAGGUCGUAUUAUUUGACUAAUCAGAAGCCUUCAAAGGAGGAGAGAGACGCAAUUGCAGCCGAGAUAGGAGUGGAAGCAAAAACAAUCGCUACCUGGUUCCAAAACAGACGCUCGAAAGAGAAAAUCAGGCGGGAAAAGGCGGCAGCUGCUGCGGCCAGUGCAGGAGUCGAACUCGCGUCAGAAAACAGCCAGUCUUCGUCAAUUGCACACAGUCCAAGUGCCAGCUCAGACACGAACCAACCAGCGUCAAGUAUGGCACCUAGCGCCCCCGUUUUGACCCAAGAAUCUCUGUCUCAAUCUAUGGCAAUUAGUGGCCAUAAUUUACAAGCCAUACAAGAGCAUGACCCAACAUCACCCGCCGCAUCGAAUCUUUCUGAAAGUAGCGGCUACGCCAGUUACGUAAUCAAAGAUACAAAUCAGCCAAUCACAAGUGACUAUAACAUGAAUGCACCUAAUCCUCCUCAAGAUUCCGAUGCAUUUCACCAAUCAAAUUUCGGUUUCGUAAAAAUGGAAAACAACCAGCAAUACACGAUAAAUCAGCAGGCUAACUUCGACCCGAAUGGAAGACAAGUAAAUGGUCAAGCUGCGGGUUUUCCUGCAACCGAGUAUUACGUAACUGAUGAUGUAACAAAUGUUGCGCAACAGUACAAUGCACAAAUUGUUAUGCAAUCGGCGGGUGAAAGAUCAAAUACGAACGAAGCUUACCCGUCAGUGCAAUCAGAGCAAUUCAAGAAUUUCCAGCCUCAAAACCACCAAAUCGGUAUAAAUUUACCAGGAAGCGCACAGUCUCCUGGUCAGUUUGCCCCUGGAGCUCCGGUGCAACCUCAAAUCCAAACGUCAGCACAACAGAGUAUAAACUUAAACAUGGGUCAAGCUUCCACGAAUUUUGUCUCUGCGCAAUAAAAAAAAUCUGAAGUAUUUUUAGCACUUAUUUCGUUCAAAACCUUUUCACGCUUUAGAAGCGAACUACCGUGAAAUGAUCUCGCCCAAAACUGAUAACUUUGAUUAAUUUGCAUUCAUUCUCUGCCCGUUUGAAAAGUGCUUUAGUUAUUUUUCUUUCUAGCCAGUUUAGGUCAUCGCACGUUUAAUCUUUCUAUUUUUUUCCCAAUGGCACUAGAUGUUCUGCUUAAAUUAUUGUUUUUGUUUUCUGUCGGGGCGCAAACUUAUAUGAUCAAAUUCCUUAAAAAUUAAUGUACUAUUGUACUUGACACUUCUAUUCAAUCUCAAAACACCUUUGCAGUUUUGAUGUAAAACGAGUCGUAUGUUCAUAGCUCUAUUUCCUUACUGACAAUUUCCGAUUUAGCUUAUUAAUUUCUCAACAAAUUUCUUGUAAAAUUAUUUCAGUUUGAAGCCUGUUUUGUUUUUAGCUUCGGUUUCGAUAUUUAUAUUUCUGCAAUCAAGUGCUAAAGUAGACAAAUUGGGUUGGGAGCAAAAGUGCCAAGCGCAAGGGGAGGAGCUCGCUAUUGAUAUAUGACAUCCAUUUUGGUCGACCAGCCAUUAAAAUUUUUAUAAAGCCGCUAUUGCGGCCAAUGUUCACAAAGUUUUAGGUAGAUUAUCGCCCCAGAGUACGCAAUUUUAAAAGUUUUUUCAAAAGAAGUGAUUCGACAAAUUCCCACAAAUGAUUGUCAAUCAAAUGGGUUUUUUACCUCUGUUUUCAUUUUUGCACUUGCGAAAGCAAGUGUCUUGUAUGAGGCUGCGAUUGAGAAUUUGGGCGGAAUGAGUGAGCGAUCUCAAUUGGCUCCCAAUGUCCAUCAACUAUUCAGCAUGAAUGCGUUUCUUAUUGUCCUGCAAAUGAAGUGAAGAAUGAAAUAGUGCGAUGCGUGCAUUGAUUUGUUGAUUUAUUUCCCUGUAUUUUGUACCAUUUCACUGUGUAUUAAAAGUUGCGUAAAUAAAAUAGACUAUUUUCAAACGCUUUUGACCUCAAUAAGAUCUAAUUGGGUAGCCUACAUUUCAGCUUGACAUAAAGUUCUCUGUUUUUGUAAAUACAUCGUAAUAAAUUCAAAUUAAGUGCCAAAAUGUCAGUAACAUGAUUUGAUUUUUGGUUUUUA